GUGUAUUCGAAUUCCUCGGCAUGGAGAAGUCGUGCGACGUGGCGUGGGACGGCGUGGUGUUCCCAUCCGCCAGACAUGCGGCACUCGCUGCCCAGGACACGUAUCCGGCCGCAGCAGGGGCGAUCGCGAACAAGGCGUCGGUCGAGGAGGCGCUGGCGGCCACCGAGGGCGAGCAGGAGAGCUCGGACUGGUCCACGCGCCGCCUGGCGGUGAUGGAGCGGAUAUUGCGGGACAAGUUCCGGCGGUCCGAGGAUUUCCGGAAGCGCUGCCGCAGGAGACCGGCGAGCGGGAGCUGGUGUGGGACACCCCCGACGACGGCUUCUGGGGGCAGUCCAAAG